GAAGCCAUGGAGCAGAGGAGACGGUUCGUUCGCUACAUCAUCUCACAGCAUGGCAUUCCGACCACACUCACCUCCGACCAAGAUCCUAAGUUCACCGGCAAGUUCUGGAAAGAAUUUAUGUCUCUACUUGGCACCAAACUCGCCAUGUCAUCUGCAUACCAUCCUCAGACAGAUGGACAAACCGAACGGCUCAAUCAAAUUGUAGAGCAACUCCUUCGUGCAGCAUGCAAGGACGACAUCUCCAAGUGGGACUUGCAUCUACCUGUCCUGGAGUUUGCCUACAACAAUGCCACCCCUACAUACAUUAUCUUUUCUCUGUUACAGACGCAACCUGCUAGCCCCACAGAAACCGACAGCACUAGCCACACUAGUUGGAAGAUUCACAACGCCUUCCAUGUCCAACUUCUGAAGCCGUACCACGAUCCCAACACGAUCUUCACUGGAUGCCAACCGCUGCCUCCGCCGCCCGUCCUCGUCCAUAAUGAACCCGAGUACGAGGUCGAGUCCGUGCUUGCACACCGCUGUCGUCAGAAUGGCAACUUGAAACAUCUAAUCUGUUGGAAGGGUUAUGAUCCUUCUGAUGAUAGCUGAGUCUCGGAAUCUGACAUGGGUAAUGCC